UGAUGACGUAUCGGCUAUAGCUAUUACGUAACACGUAUUACUUGGCCUUUUGAGGAUAACGGCCGAAGCCAAGCCCUUGUCUGGGCUUGUCUAGACUUGCAAAACACGAAUUGGCGGGAACUCUAUAAUAGCGGAUAAGAUAGAAAAGCAAGCUUAUCAGCUCGCCGAAGGGAUAUACAGGAAGCGGAGAUAUACAACGCGCUGAUUAAUUCCAUCCAGCGAGACUGCCGUGUUUUGGAAAGCUUCAAAAUUAUGGACUACAGUCUUUUGGUUGCCAUCCACAAUCUCGAUUUGGCGGCUAAAGACGAUGCCGAGCAUCGGCGCAACAAUUCGAUUGACGGAGAAAACAGUGCGGGAACUAAAACUUCGUUUCGGACAGCCAAAACUAGUCAAUCGCCAAUUAUUCUUCGAAAGGGUUCCAUCGUCAGUCGACGAAAACUAGUGGCCCAUUCAACUACGCUAGAAAGUAUCCAGAUGAGAAAUGAACCCAGUGGCAAGGGAGAUUAUAGUCGACUUGACGGUAUACCAGCUCGUAACGCCAAGGGCGACAGAUUGAUUGUGUUUCUAGGCAUCAUCGACAUUUUGCAGAACUAUCGACUGGCGAAAAAAAUUGAACAUGCGCUAAAGGCAACCAUUCACGAUGGAGAUUCGAUAUCGGUUCACCAUCCUGCUUUGUACUCCCAGCGUUUCCAAAACUUCAUGGCAAAUCAGGUCUUUCGAAAAAUUUCCUCGUGUUAAUCAAAAUGGAUAAAUUAUUUGUCAUUCCAUGCCAAAAGUUCGUUCGAUCUGGCGUUUUGAUAUUAUCAAACCUUGAAAAUACAUUUGUUGUU